AUGACCUCAAAGCCCGUAUCAGUGCUGGUCUUUCAGAACAGCGGGAGGUUCGGAGCUGUUUGCAGGCUGUCCAUCAAACGAGGGGGCGGGGCACUGAAACAGGAAGUAGUGGGAAACAGGUGCCGUGUUUGUCCCGCUAAACUCCUCUGGUUUUCUUCCCUCCUGCUCCCGGCCGCUCCUCUUCCUCCUCCCACCUGUAAAAAAGGACAGCUGGAACCCGUCAACGAGGGUCUGCUGUCUACUCUGACGGAUCUCCUGCUGUGCCGCUGGUCGUGUCGGGCGUGUUGGCGCUGGUGUUGGGAAUGUAGCUGCUGUCAGACCACUGAGGAGGAAGUGGAGAUUCUGGGGCCGUUUCCAGCACAGACGCCCUCCUGGCUUGUUAACGACUGUAACGACGAGAAAGAGUCAAACUCUCACCUGGUGUCUGGUGAUCAGGUCCAUGCGGCCCACAGCGACGCCACGGGCAGCAGCAGUCCGAGCUGCACCAGUCCCGGCAGCCGGGGGUCCGGCUCGGAGAACUCUCGCUCCACCUUCAGCCUCGCACGCCAGCUCUCCAGUCUGGAUUCGCGGCGUCCCAGCUCCCCGCUGGUGGACACGAAGCCCAUUGAAUUCUGGGCCAUGUCCCCGAGGAAGGAGGCGGUUCAGCCGCUGCGCAAACCCCAGCCUCCUUCGGACGAUUAUUUCCGGAAGCUGGAGCCGCGGCUCUACUCGUCCGAGUCCGGCGGAGACGACGUGGACUCUCUGAGCGACGAGGAGCUCCUGCUGCGCUACCAGCUCGGCCUCCUGCACUUCAGCACGCAGUACGACCUCGUUCACUGCCAGCUGAUCGUGCGUGUGAUCGAGGCUCGGGACCUGCCUCCUCCCGGCGCGGGCGUGGCUCACUCCAACCCCUACGUCAAGAUGAGCCUCCUGCCCGACCACAAGAACUCGCGGCAGACCGGCGUCAAGCGCAAGACACAGAACCCUGUGUUCGAGGAGCGCUUCACCUUCGAGCUGCCCUUCCUCGAGGCCCAGCGCCGGACGCUGCUGCUCUCCGUCCUGGACUUCGACAAGUUCUCACGCCACUGCGUCAUCGGAAAAGUCACGCUCCCGCUCAGCGAGGUGGACCUGGUGAAGGGGGGACACUGGUGGAAGGCUCUGGUGCCCAGCUCACAGAAUGAACUCGAACUGGGGGAACUGCUGCUGUCCUUAAACUACUUGCCGAGCGCCGGCCGACUCAACGUGGACGUCAUCAGAGCCAAACAGCUGCUCCAGACCGACAUGUGCCAGGGUUCAGAUCCCUUUGUGAAAGUUCAGCUGGUGGCAGGACUGAAGCUGGUGAAGACCAAGAAGACGUCGUGUAUGAGGGGAACCAUCGACCCCUACUUCAACGAGUCCUUCAGCUUCCGGGUGCCUCAUGAGGAACUGAGCGAGGUUAGCCUUGUGUUCACAGUUUACGGCCACAACAUGAAGAGCAGCAACGACUUUGUGGGCCGCAUCGUGAUUGGUCAGUUCUCCACGGGGCCGGCGGAGACCACGCACUGGCGGCGUCUGCUGCGUUCCCAGCGUACGCCCGUGGAACAGUGGCACAGCCUGCGCUCACGCGCCGAGUGUGACCGUGUCUCUCCCGCCUCGCUCGAGGUCACGUGAUCCUCACGCAGCAUGCCGAUUGGUGGAGGCAGGAAGUGUGGACCAUUUAAUGGGCGGGGCUUCACUGGAAGGAUAAACAAUAAGAAGAACUGCGGUGAUCUGAAUGGACGGUGGGUUCUGGAACCGACUCGUGUUCUACUCUGGUGUUCGUGGACUUUAUUCAGAAAGGUGGACUGCGGAGAAAGUGUUCAGCGGUUGUUCUUUAUCACACUGAUACUACCGUCAUGGAGAACUUAAUAACCUCAUCAUCGGCUCGACUCGGGCUGAGAGCAGCGGGAUCAUUCAUCCUGCUCCUCCUCCUCCUCCUCCUCCUCCUG